AUGGGGUGGGCGCUGCUGUGCGUGGGGCUGCUCCUGGCGCUGUACACGCUGCUCCGGCACGGGCUGCGCAGCCCCCCGCGACCCCGCGCCCGCCCCGCGCUGCGCGGCCGCACCGCCAUCGUCACCGGGGGAAGCAGCGGCAUCGGGGCGGCCACGGCGCUGGAGCUCGCCCGGUGCGGGGCCCGAGUGAUCCUGGCGACCCGCAACGCCCUGCGGGGAGAGGCCGCCGCCAGCCGCAUCCGCACGGAGACAGGGAAUGAAGAGGUGCGGUUCAUGCACCUGGACCUCGCCAGCCUGCGCUCAGUGCGAGCCUUUGCCAGCACCUUCCUGCGCCAGGAGCCCCACCUGCACCUCCUCAUCAACAACGCGGGGGUGAGCGCCGGGGGCACGACAGAGGAUGGUUUCAGCCUCCCCUUCCAGGUGAACCACCUGGGCCACUUCCUGCUGACCCAGCUGCUGCUGGAGCGGCUGCGGAGCUGCGGGCCCAGCCGGGUGGUCAUCGUCGCCUCCAGCGCCCACUGCGCCGGCCGCCUGCGCCCCGAGUCCCUGGGCCGCCCUCCCCCAGGGCUGUUCUCUGCCUUCCAGGACUACUGUGACAGCAAGCUGGCCAACGUGCUGCACGCCCGCGAGCUGGCCACGCGGGAGCAGGACACACAGGUCACCUGCUACGCCGUGCACCCAGGGUUUGUCAACACGGCGCUGUUCCGGCACGCACCGCUGUGGCUGAAGCCGCUGCUGCUGCCACUGGCCUGGCUGCUGUUCCUGGACCCGUCUGAGGGUGCACAGGUGGUCCUGGACUGUGCCACGCGGGAUGGCCUCGAGCCCCUCAGCGGCCGCUACUUCACCGACAGUGGCCCCCAGCAGCCAUGGCCACGGGGGCGCGAUGACCGGCUGGCGCGGGCGCUCUGGGAGAGCAGCGAACGCCUGGUGGGGCUGGGGGGGGACAAAGUGGGACCCUCCCCAGCCGCCUCCACUGCUCCUGCACAAUAAAGGUGAUGGUGGUGAUGGGGGAGCCCGUCGAGUCCUGUGUGGGGUGAAAUGGGGAUGCAUGAGGGCUGUGGCACUGCGGGGGCAGGUGGGCACGUGAGGGGCACCGGCCCUUGCACAGGUGCUCACCAGGCCCUGCUCCGUCUGAGGGUGUGUGUGUGACACGGAAUGGGUGUGCAAAGGGGUGUGUGUGUGCACUGCAGUGUGUGCAUGGGCGUGUAAGGAGGAGGUGCCGCACGCACACACACGCAGAGCAGCACACACAUCCCACCUUGUACAUUUGUGUACACACUGCAGCACACACAGACCUCCCUCCCUUGCACACGCUGCAGCACAACCCCCUGAACCCUUGCAUACCCGUGCAGUGUCACCCCCCCUUGCACACCUAUGCACGUGCUGCAGUGCACUCACACCUCUUGCGGUCACAUACCCUUCUCCCCUUGCACGCCCAGUGUCACACUCCCCCCUGCAUACCCAUUGCAGUCUCUCUCCUGCAUGCCCAUGCAAUGACUCUCACACCCUCCUUGCACACCCCUGCAGUCACAAACACCCUCCCUUGCACACCCAUGCAGGGUCUCACAACCCCCUUGCACACCCCCACAGCGACUCUCUCACAACCCCUUGAAGAGCCAUGAAGUCAAACUCCCUUCUAACCCUAAGCCUAUCGCAACCUAUUGCGGUCUCUCACUCACACACACCCCCUGCACACCCAUGCAGUGUCACCCACCCUUGCACACCCCAACAUGGCGGCGCCCACAGGCCUCCCCCG